AUGUUCAUCAUACAGGUUCUACUUACCUAUUCUGCAGCUUCUCUUAAGCUCAACUCGAAAAAUGAGAUUUACCAUCGCUGCUCUGCUCUUGCUCUCGCAGGCUCUGCCCUCGGUCGUACUUUCACAGUAUACAACGCUUGCCCCUUCACUAUCUGGCCAGCUGUCUUCACUGAUCUAAAUGUUGGAUCCGCCGUCCCCAGCAUCGAGACUGGAUGGGAGGCCCCGGCCUGGAGCAAGCGUACCUUCAACGUGCCCGACAACUGGAAGGCGGGUCGUAUCUGGGGUCGCCGCAACUGCAACUUCUCUUCCAACCCUGGUCCUAACUCUUGUCUUACCGGUGGCUGCAACGGUGGACUGAGGUGUGACUCUCGCACUGGUACUGGUGUACCUCCAGCAAGUGUUGCCGAGUGGACUCUCAGCGCUGGUGACGGCCAGGAUUGGUACGAUGUAUCACUCGUCGACGGAUACAACCUACCCAUGCGUAUCUCGAACAGCGUUAGCUGCCCAGUCGCCGAGUGCGCUGUUGACCUUGGCCCGAACUGCCCUGCUCCUCUGAAGGGACCUUUCGAUGGCUCUGGCUUCCCUGUUGGCUGCAAGUCUGCUUGCGUUGCGAACCUCGACGGCAACCAGGGCAACUCGAAGAAUUGCUGCUCUGGACAGUACAGCACCCCUCAGACUUGCCCUCCUAGCGGUGUUCAGUACUACUCGUACUUCAAGAAUGCCUGCCCACGUUCGUACGUCUAUGCUUAUGACGAAUCGAGCAAGACUGCUCUCUGGACCUGCCCUGCCUCGAAGAAGGCUGACUACACCCUUACUUUCUGCCCUUGA